AUGGUUCGAACAAUAUUUUUCUUAUUACUUUUGCUUGUGUUUAUCAAACAAUCAAAGACAGAAGAUAUACGUUCAUUUCAAGUGACUUUAAUGAAUGGUUGGAAAUUCCAAUGUGCAAACACAACUUGUCUACCAUUCACUACUAUUAUUGUACCAAACAUUCAGAUGUGUCGAAUAACUUGUUUAAGCGAUAUUCAUUGUAAGGCAGCUACUUUUCACACAUUAUCUACUAAUUGUCAAUUAUUUGCUGAUGUAUCAAAACAAAAUGAGAACAUGUUGGCUGAUAUAAAUACCAUUACUAUGAUUCUUAUUGACGGAACACGAAUACCAGCUGAACCAACCACGACAACAACAACAACUACCACGACAAAAACAACCACAACAACCACUACAACAACUACUACAACUACAACAACUACAACAACAACCACGACAACAAAAACAACCACAACCACAACAACAAAAACAACCACAACAACUACAACAACUACAACAACAACCCCAACAACAACAAUAGCACCUACCUGUUCAGACACAUGCAGUUCGGGUGGAACAUAUGAUCUUACCAGCACUUGCGGUCGAAUAUGUCGAGCUGCUGCUGCCAAUAGUAUUGGCGCUACUGGCAGUUGUUACACUAAUUCUACAUAUUGUCCAGGUGGUACUUAUACAAUAACUCAAAAUACUUAUAGCUCUGUUAAUUUUGAUUGUAACACUGCCUAUGGUUGCAAUGCAUACGGGGGCUGUUGUACUCAUUUCGGUCCUAAUUCGGAUAUUUGGUGUAUUAAGUGUUCAUAA